GUGAGGCAGGCGAGCCGGCCACCGCUCGCAGCACCGGAGAGGGCGCGCUGCAAAGGCGGGCAGCAGACCGUGGAGAGCCCGGGAGCGGAGCUGGACACCGCCUCGGAGGGAAGAAAUGAGGUAGCGGCGGUCCCCGGACCCGGCCAUGCCCGUUCCCUGCCCUCGGAGCCCAGCGCCGUCUCGGCCAAGCCAGCCUGGACACUGAGCGGGCCGAGCGCGAGUCCCCGGCGUCCGGCGGAGCGAAGAUGCAGUGAGUCCCCGCGGGACUGCUGCGCGGGGCCCGCCGCGGCCAGCCGGACCCAGCAUCCGACCGCACUUUGGGCGAGUUGCUGACUCUGAGACCAGCCCAGCCGAGGGGCUUUCCGUCUCCAGCACCCCUCGGAGGUGGGGAGCCCCGGCCCCUGGGCACACUGGCUGUAGAGUUUCCGCGGGUUUUGGCCCCAGUUCUGAGGGUUGUGUGUGUUAGGGGACUCUCUUUACGUUCGCCGAGGAGUUCCUGCAUAUUCUCGCACCAUCCCGGGUGCUGUUGCUGGGGCUCUCUUUAUUUAUUUGCACGCGCGCUUCUAGCUUUUUUUCCUGACGUUUUCCACUCCACGCUCGUUCUCUCUCCCUUGCAUUUUGUUGCUUGCCUGAGACUCUUUGCUCUCGCCCUUGCCCAGGCUGGGGUAAUUCUGUGUGCGCGCGUGGCUCCCCCGCACCAACCGUUUUUGCACACUCGAAGCUGAAUAUUUUCUGUUUUAGAAAAUUUACCCCCACCCGCUGCAGGGUUCCUAAGCACUCUCUCUCCUCCCCUCCCCCCAACUCCCUACCACUGGGCAGUUCCCAGUAGUUUACGCUCUUGCCGAGGCCGAGCCCGGCAGGGGCCGGUGGCUCAGCGGGCCUCGCACCCGGCGCUCCGCCGCCGUCGCCGCCCAGCUGCGCCGGGGCGCCCUCCGGAGAUGCUGCCGUGGAAGAAGCACAAGUUCGAGCUGCUGGCCGAGGCGCCGCCGCGGCAGGCGUCCAAGCCCAAGGGCUACGCUGUGAGCCUGCACUACUCGGCGCUCAGCUCGCUGGCGCGGGCGUGCCCCGAAGGCGCGCUUAGUCGGGUGGGCAGCAUGUUCCGCUCCAAGCGCAAGAAGCUGCACAUCACUAGCGAAGACCCGACUUACACCGUGCUCUACCUGGGCAAUGCCACCACCAUCCAGGCGCGCGGCGACGGCUGCACCGACCUUGCUGUGGGCAAGAUCUGGAGCAAGAGCGAGGCGGGCCGUCAGGGCACCAAGAUGAAGCUGACGGUGAGUGCGCAGGGUAUCCGCAUGGUGCACGCCGAGGAGCGCGCGCUGCGCCGCCCGGGCCACCUUUACCUGCUGCACCGCGUCACCUACUGCGUGGCGGACGCGCGGCUGCCCAAGGUCUUCGCCUGGGUGUACCGGCACGAGCUGAAGCACAAGGCCGUGAUGCUGCGCUGCCACGCCGUGCUGGUGUCCAAGCCCGAAAAGGCGCAGGCCAUGGCCCUGCUGCUCUACCAGACGUCGGCCAACGCGCUGGCGGAAUUUAAACGCCUCAAGCGGCGGGACGACGCGCGUCACCAGCAGCAGGAGCUGGUGGGCGCCCACACCAUCCCGCUAGUGCCGCUGCGCAAGCUGCUCCUGCACGGACCCUGCUGCUAUAAACCGCCGGUGGAGCGCAGCCGCAGCGCGCCCAAGCUCGGCUCCAUCACCGAGGACCUGCUCGGCGAACAGCAGGAGCAGGAGCUGCAGGAGGAAGAGGAAGAGGAAGAGGAGCAACCCGAGGGCUGCCCGGAGGAGGAGGAGAACCGUGCGGCAGAGGGAGAGCCAGCAGAGGAGACCGAGGCGCAGCGGGCGCUAGUGGUCGCCAUGCACUUUGAGUGCGGGGACUUGUUGGACACCCUGGAGAAUGGCCGUGGGGAGGCGCUAGGAGGCGGUGGGGGCUCCCUGGGUCCGGGGGCCGGGCCGCCGCCUCUGCUGCUGGGCAGCGCCUCCGACAUGAAGGCUGAGCUGUCGCAACUUAUUAGCGACCUGGGCGAGCUCAGCUUCGGCAACGACGUGCGCACCCUGCAGGCCGACUUGCGGGUGACGCGCCUGCUGUCGGGCGACAGCACCGGCAGCGAGAGCUCCAUCGAGGGCGGGGGCCCUGACGCCACCUCCGCCACCGCCGGGGACUCGUCCGGCCAGGCCGACGGCGCCAGUGCAGACGAGUCCCACUCGGGCUGAGCUCUUCCGCGCGUCGCCGGCGCUCCACCGUGGCUAUCCAUCCGUGGUCCCGACAACCUCCCUGUCCCUUGCCCACCCCCAGGAAAGGGGAAAUGGGGCAUUUGGGGCCCGGACCUACACUUGGAGCCCAGGCCCAGCGUUCCCCCGACCGCUUCCCCCUACCUCCCGGUCCCCGCUCCCGCCCCAGCACUUUCGGUUCUGUCGCACGUGGGGAUGCGGGGAGAUGUGAGAGGGGAAAACCCCGCCAGGAGGGAGAGAGAGGCAACCCUCUGGGGUGCGGGUGAGGGAAGGUUGGCUGAAGUUCCUAGUCUCAGGCCGUAGGUGCCUGGCCAGUUUCCUGUUUGUGGGGCAGCUGGGGCCUGAGGAGGAGGGGUUCACUUCCUCCUCCCACCCCCUGGGAGCAGCCCUGCGCUGUCACUGACAUCUCAUUUAAAAAAAAAAAAAAAAAAUUUGCUCUCAAGGUGUUUGAGGCUUUAAUGCAACCCUUUAGCCCUUGGUUCUUUUUGGUGCGAGAACUCCGGCUGUUUACCUCAGACUCAGACCCCUGAAAUUUUGCCAAAUUCCUCAAAUAACCGGGGGGUGGGGGGAGAUGAAAGAGAGUUGCAUUUUGUUUACAGUUAAAGACAUCUAAUAUCUUAAAAAGGAGUUUUCCUUUAGAAACACACACACACCCUUCCUCUUGCUCAAAAGAUCUCACUCCAUGAUACUGUGUAAAAUAUUUUUGCACUGUUGUGAAGUAUUUUUGACUUUUUUCUGUACAUAACUGUGUUCUCAGAGCUGAAUGUUUAUAUCUUUUGCUGUGCAAAAGAAACAUGUAAAAUGUUGUUCAGUUGUAUAUACAGAAAUGUGUAUAAAACAUUUUGUUAUUUUUUAAAAGUAGCACUGUUCUGGUUCUGUUUCCACGCCAGUGGGGAGAGAAUAAAGAGGAAAAUUUAACAGAACA